AUGUCGCGCGGCCUCACAUCAGCCGGACCAGCUGCCUUCGUGCUCUUGGCAUUUACUCUCUAUCAAAGUUUUCUGAGCACUGGUAUCGUCUACGGCUGGCCAUCGCUCCUCUCCCUUCUUCGCAACGAGAACGUGUACAGACAUCGUUGCGAGAAUUAUGCAGAGACCUGCCCCGAGCGCACGCUGGCCUUCAACCUGGUUUUCAGCAUAGGUGCAAUGGUGAAUGUUUCCGGUGGCGUGGCCUGCGGAUUCCUCGUGGAUACUGUCGGCCCGCGGAAGGGCAUCCUCACAGGUUUGCUGCUAAUCAUUGCAGGAAGCUUGUGCUUGGGCCUUGCAGAUAUCGAAAGCGACUGGGCUUGGCCUGUUGCUUACAUCUUCUACGGCCUUGGCGGUUGCUGUGUUCACUUGUCAAGCUUCUCUUUGGGAAAUGCCUUUGGCAAGUCAAAGGGUGUGGUCGUAUCUUGCUUGGUGGCCAUGUUCUCCAUCUCCGCACUUGCUUUCCAAGGAUUCAACCUCGCCUACCGAGCAGGGCUGACACUUCAAGCUGUGUCACUGAUCCAUGUUGGCCUGGAAGCAGUGAACAUGUGCUUUUCCGGCUGGCUUUGGCCAGAUGCAGCAGUAAAGCCAGGAAGCCAGCUGACUUUCUCGCGAUGCCGCAUCAAAACAACCACCGGAUUGGAGCGAGCAGGAAGCGGGCCUAAAGGUCUUACUGUUCGGGAGCGGUGCGUUUUGGCAUUGAGCAUUGCCUGGUCCUGGAAGUUUGUCGGUUUCCUGACAUUCCACUUUACUCAGCUCGGUCUCAACCGAUGUUUAAUGGGAUGGAUGGCAGCCGAACUCCGUUGGAAGCACGAGCUGCUCCUCAGCGAUGGCAGGCGGGGACUGGAUGUGGAUCAUGAACUUUCUGUGUUCAACUUCUUGCAAGCAGCCGCUGGAUUUGUUUCCAUCCCAGCCUUUGGCUGGCUAGUGGCAAGAUUUGGACACCGGCGUGCCCCUUUCUGUGCUACCGCCGGCCUUGCUGUACUGUUCCUGAUGAUUCGGCCCUUCAGCGAGCCGUGGUUGCUGCCCGUCUUGUAUGUGGUGUCCGCCUGCCACCGUCAGCUCUUCUUUUCGACGUUUUUUACGUUCAUGAUAUCCGAAUAUCCUGCUGAACUCUUUGCCACACUUGCUGGCAUGGCAAAUAUUCUUGCUGGUCUCGUGUCCUUCCUGCAGAACCCUCUUUUGGACGUUGUGCUGCGGAACAUGGAUGGAAACUUCCUGCUGCCAUUGCUGGUACAGCUAGGACUUGCUUCGCUGGUACUUGCCUGUAGCCUGGUUGCCUGGAUUUACGACAAGCCCACGCAGCCGCCACCAGCAGAAUUGGACACGGAGACUGAAACGGGACAAGCAAGCCCGCAGUCUGCUAAGCUAAGCCCGCAACAUCCGCCAGUUGAGACUAUGGAGUCUACCGCGGCAACAAAGCUGCAGCUCUAA